GCCCCACACUCCAACUCAGGGGCCCGGCCUGACGGCGAGGGUGGGGGAGAAUGUGAGGCCGUCAACCAAAGACGUGUUUGACCAACACAUGGGCGGUCUGCAUCAACCCUUGAAGAACAUUGGAAACUGGUCUAAUGAUCCAGAUGACGUCAUGUAUCCUCAAUUUGUUGCUGAAAGUCCCCCUCAUGGAAGAGGUGAGUAUGGGCUCCCAGUGACCGUCUUCCCAAACCACCUUUCAGCUAAAACAAACCAGUCGUUUGAUGAAGGCCUCAAGAAAAACAACUUCAACCAGUUUGUUGGUGACAUCGUUUCCGUGACCCGCCGACUUCCGGAUCCAGGUCCACCACAAUGUCGGUCAUUGAGUCAUCAGAGCAGGCAUAGGGCGAGUGUCAUCAUGUGUUUCCACAACGAGGCAUGGUCUACCCUACUGCGCUCUGUGCACAGUAUCAUCAACCGCUCGCCACCACACCUCCUCCAGGAGAUCAUCCUCGUUGACGACGCCUCCGACCUAGACCAUCUUGGCGCAGCCCUGGAGAAGUACAUGUCUGGGCUGAGCAUAGUGAAGAUACUGCGGACAGGUCAGCGUGAGGGGCUGACAAGAGCAAGGCUAUUAGGCUACAAACACGCGACCGCCUCCGUCCUCGUCUUCCUCGACUCACACAUCGAGUGUUUCCCAGGUUGGCUCGAACCCCUGCUGGACCGGAUUGCUGAGAACCCUCAUGCCGUCCCAUAUCCAAAAAUAGAGUCUAUCAAGCCGGACACGUUGUCUGUCGAGCCCCAUGUUCCCCUCAGCGUUGGAACAUUCUCCUGGGCAAAUCUCAUCUUCAGAUGGAUAGGCAUCCAUGAACUGCGCACCAAACCCGCCCGUUCCCAAACUGCACCCAUCAAAUCCGCCACAAUGCCUGGUGGGCUGUUCGCGAUAUCCCGGGCCUAUUUCACUCUGCUGGGAGCCUACGACCCAGGGCUGGACUAUUGGGGAGGGGAGAACAUCGAACUGUCUUUCAAGGUGUGGAUGUGUAACGGUAGCGUGGAGCUGCUGCCCUGCUCACAUGUCGGUCACAUCUUCCACCACAACAACCCCAUCCACUGGCCCACCCCCGGCAGUGUAAGGAGGAACGCUGCUCGCGUAGCCGAGGUGUGGAUGGAUGACUACAAGAGUUUCUUCUAUGAGACUACUGGAUCUGACAAGGUUGUUGUUGGAGAUAUCUCGGAAAGACAAGAAUUGCGGCGGAGCCUAAACUGCCAAGACUUUGAGUGGUACUUAAAUAAUGUGCUGCCGGAACUACCAGUGCCCACAGACUGUCUGACUGUAGGAGAGAUUCGGAACGCUGCCUACAAUAACUGUAUAGACUCGAUGGGGCGGCACUCCCUGCUGCCGGACAUGUUUACAUGCACGGGCAAGGGUUACAAUCAGUUUUGGUGCAUGCGUGACAAUGGGCAGAUCUGGAACUACCAUCAACACCUAUACGUCAAGGACGGUAAUGUCUCAUUAAACCUUCGACAGGGAUCAAGCUGGACCUACACUCAGAACGGACAGUUACAUGAAAAAAUCAGUGGACUAUGUCUCCAGGCAGGCAAGAAGACUCUCACCAUACAACCUUGUUCAGGGGAGACGUCCCAGGUGUGGACGCUCACAGCACGUCCUCCUAACCAACGCCAUUGA